AUCUUACUUUUGUAUCUGGAUGACUAGCGCAAGCGGCCUCGACAACAAGCAAAGCUCGGCAAAACCCUUCCUCGCUCUCCGGUGCCCUUUCUGCGCGUUUCCCCAAAGCCCAUCCUGUGCCGUGCCUUGUUCCUCACUCGUGAUCGUGCCCACCACAGGAGGGGCAUCGCAACGAAACAAACAAAUCCAAUACUUACCGUACUUACCCUUACCCUGCACACAACAUAAAUCUUUUGGAUGAAGAUCCCGGAGCACCACAAUCAUUCGCCCCUUCUGGUCGUCAAAUUCUGCUGCAGACGGCCUGCCCCACAAGAGCUCUGAGAACAAAGACUUUGUCAACAGCAACGGCACCGCUGAUAUCAUGGAAUCCAAUCACGACUUGCCAGCGCGAACAAUGACUCUGGCUGAAGAUGAGCGGCACGAGCACGGCGAUGCACACAAGGACGACCCUGCAACCAUGGCUGCCAGCGAGGAGUUGAAGCAUACCACAAUCUCCGACAAUACUGCGACGAAGCCUCGAGUCCAAGAACCCGCAGUAGAGCCUGCAGCAGAGGAUAAGGUUAUGGGAGGGACACCGAAGCCAGGAACACCAGAUCUGGAGUCGAGCGAGGCGCAGGAUGAAGAAAUGAGGGAACGAAUAUCAUCACCCAAGAAGAAGAGAGGUCGAGACCAGGACGAGGACGAGGACACAAAGAAUAUUGGGGAGGAUAAUGUUGACGAGCCAGCUUCCUCAGCUGAUGGUAGCGCAAUUAAUGGGAGUCGGACGACGAGGUCGGAGCCAGAAAAGAAACGCCCCCGAGACACGUCAGAGGAGCUUCCAAAAUCAGCAGAGAAACCCAAGGAGACAAAGGCGGAAACAAAUGCAUCAAAGACUAGCGACGAGGCACCAAAGUCACCCUCGAAAGAAACCUCUAUCAACACCGCUUCCGAUAAGCCAAAAACCUCCACUACUGCAUUUGCCAGUUCUGGCUUUGCAUCUCUUGCAGCGGCUUCCAGCUCUCCAUUUGGCAGCCUGGGCGCCACGAAACCCAGCAUCUUCAGUGGCACAGCUCCACCUGCUACGUCUGGUUUCGGCGCACUAGCAAGUGCGAAAUCACCCGCUUUAACAGCACCUACUACAAGUGGAUUUGGAGGGCUUGCGUCUGGUGAUAAGUCUACGACAGGAUUUGGCUUCCGAGGUGGAGCCACGUCUGGAUUUGGCGGGCUUGCGAGUGGCAGUGUCUUUGGCUCCAAGCUCGGGAACGGAUUUGCAGGUGGUGCAGGACCGAAGCUCUCGAGUUUUGCUGCUCCAGGAAAGGAGAACGUACCAGCACCAGCGAAACCAGCAAAGGCAUUCGGUGCGCCAGAAAGUGACGAUGAUGCUGAUAGUGACGAAGAAGGCAGUGAUGGAGAGGCAGCUUCUGAGAAUGAAGACGCGGGAAUUGCCGUUACUGAAGAGAAGAAAAAGACCAAGCCUGCAAAAGUUCACAUAGACGAUGGCGAGGCUGGCGAGGCUACACUACUUCAAUUGCGGGCUAAGAUCUUCGCCAUGGAAUCGAAGGAGAUUGGAUGGAAAGAAAGAGGUGUUGGGACACUCAAGAUCAAUGUGCCGUGUUCUUGUGCCAGUUUCGACGAUAAUGGAGUAGCUAUCCCCGGGUCGUUUGACCCCUCAGCCCUCGACGAUGAAGACGAAGAAAACAAGUCGGAAGGACCUCGAAUUCCACGCUUAAUUAUGCGUCAGGAAAACACACAUCGAGUCAUUCUAAACACUGUUAUUCUUCGAGGCACGUCAUUCACGGACAAGCCAGGAACGAGCACAGCCCAGAUCAUGUUCACGGCAAUUGAAGGCGAUAAAGAACCGAAGCCUGUCAGCAUGAUCCUCAAGAUGUCUGAAGCUAAUGCAAGGCUCUUUCACGCGGAGAUAGAUUCUAUUCAGCGGGAACUAUGAGACCAUACGUAUCAAGUAAGGUUGAUAUUCGCAUCGCCUUACACUCUCUCAGCUCUGGAACACAAUUUCUUUUGUCAUAGAGAUACAACGCCAUGUGAACACUUUCUUUGGGAGACGGCUGGAAGGAAGAUCUGCUAUUAUUGGACGUCUUUUUUGAGGAGUUUGGCAUACCAAGGAACGGCAGCAUAAGCGUGGUAGGAAGGGGCAGAUCCGUUCAAUACUAGCGGAUAUAUUAUAGCUGAGAUACGGACAGCGCAUCCGAAAGAAACAAUUCUGAAAUUCUCUGGAGAUUAAUACCAAGGUUUCUAUGACCUUUGAACGUGCGUCGUCAUCCAAAUUGUACAUAGUAGGUAA